AUGGGCUGUAUUUUGUCAAAAAAUGUAAAUUCAGACAAGAAUCGAUUGGAUUUAGAUGACGAAGAUACCUUCAAUCACGUAAGUUGUAUAUAUCAUCAAGGCGAAUUGGGGAGUAGGGCAGAGGACUUUGAGGAUGUUGUCAUUGUCUUACUUACUAUUAUAGUAUUAUGUAUAUUAGUUAUGUAUAUAAUAAUAGAUUUAAAUUGGGAUUGACCUGAAUUUUCUAUGGAUUUAAUACUGAACGUUUCCUUAACAUAUCAAGACUUUAAAAUAAAAAAAAUUAUUUUUGAUAUUUUAUUUUUUUUUAAUUUUGCUAUGUAUUUUCAGAUCACCGAUUUCAUAAAGAACGCGUCGAUGGAAAACGAUCUUUUUCAUCGACGGAACUUGGCGGACAAUUGGCUGACGGAAAUGAAGUGUUGGCAGUUGGCUAGUCCACAAUGGAUGACGGAACGUCACUAUCUUCUCAUCGAACUUCUGGAGCGGGAAAAGGCCGAGAUCGAACAAAUUAUAUACAAGAAAAACGACAAUUGA